AUGGCUUUCCGACUCUCCGCGACGAGGUCAAUCCUCUCGCAGGCGAGUCAAUGCCCCCUCGCACGCCGACCGACGAUAAGUCCUCUCCUCACACACGCCGCCACCAUCAUCGCCGCCCCCAGGAGCCGCGCCUUCUCGACCACCCCCGUCGCGCAGACCAAGACGGUCAAGGCGCACCGGCUUCCGUCGGACCUGAUCCCGCCGUACCCGUACGGUGAGCGGCGCCUCUACAAGCAAUCGAACCGGGGCCUGUACGGUAGCGCGCGGAUUCGGUACGGCAACAUUGUCGCGGGCCGGGGUAACCGGACGCGGCGAACCUGGCGGCCCAACGUGCACGUCAAGGCCUUCUACGUGGCAGCGCUCGGCGCGCGCAUCAAGACACGCCUGACGCUGCGUGUGCUCAAGACGAUUCGCCGCGAGGGCGGCCUCGAAAACUACCUGCUCAAGAGCAAGCCGGCGCGCAUCAAGGAGCUCGGCCCCGGCGGCUGGAACAUGCGCUGGCUGCUGAUGCAGAGCCAGGCCGUGCAGCGGCGCUUCAACGAGGAGCGAGUCGCGCUGGGGAUGCCGCCAAAGGAGGUUGAGGACCGCGAUGACAUGAUUCGCUUCGCGCUCGACUAUGCCACACCGGGACCGCUGAGCGCGCGCAGCAAGGAGACGCUUGAGGCGCUUCGCGAGGCGUUCCACCGCGCCCUCAUCUUGGGGGACGAGGACUUCGCUGGCCUCGAGGGCGUCGAGGAGCUGUCGGAUGAGGAGGAGGCGAGGCUGCUUCAGCAGCUCGAUGAGACGGAUGCGGCCGAGGCUGCGCAGGUGGAGGCCGAGGCUGCGCAGAAGCAGCCGCAGCUGUAG